AUGGUCACUACCCAGCCAGAAUCGGGACCAGCAGGAUCUGUGACCCCGGACGAAAGUGGUACUACCUUCAGCAAACUCAGGCAGCUCGGUAGCGGGCUGAUAACAGCAACCGGAAAUGUGACGAAAUUAACCCCGGCCAAAGUUACUCCGGUUGAGGAGAUCCAGCCAAAGCAAGAAACGUCACCGGUCGAGUUGCCUAAACCGAAACCAGAACACGGAAAACCGGCCAGCAGGACGGGUGCCUGCCGGGUUUGCCUCAAGUCCUUCAAACCCGAUGACUUCUCUAGGACCUGCAACGAGUGCCAGCAUAAAGUUUGCGAAGACUGCGCUUCUUAUUCCACCACCGUGGAGACUGAUAAUGCGGCGACAUGGCGAUGCAGCGUGUGUCGGCGAAAAGUUGCUUCCCGUGGGCAGCCAGUCGUGACCCAGGAGUCGACGGAUUCGCUCCUGGACGUUCCGGUCUUGGAGGCGCUCCAGAGAAGGCACAGUGACGCUAGGCUUGGCUGUCAGACCGGAAACCACGUCGGAGGCCUCAGCAGCGGUUUGGCACCACCAAGAAGUCCGGAGCUAAGACGACACUCGGACGUAUCACCGGCUAGUCUUAAGGAACUCGAGAAGUUUCGAAAGGUUGCAGGAGAGCGGUGUGAGGAGCUCAGGUGGGAGCGUGAACUGGAAUGGCGAAGCAAGUCGAGAAGUGGAUCACCGGAACGGCGCCACGGUGACAGAGCCGUGCUGGUCGACAGAAUGGAAGGAAAUGACUGGGAUGAAAGGCCCUCCAAACAAACUCCAUCCGCGGCAAAGUGUUGGGUUCAUGGUCAGAGAAAGCUGGUGAAUCAACCUACAGGGAAUUCUUGA